GUCUUGACGUCCUCGGGGAGUGAGACAGGUGACACAGGUGUCCCGAGCUCUGCAGCCACCAUGACGCACGUCGCUGCCCUCCUCUGCCUCGUGUUGCUGCCGUGGCCCGCGAGCCGGGCAGCAGCCGGAAGCUCCUCGGUCCUCUGCAUCCGGAGCGCGCCGUCACCAAACGGAGACGCCCACCUCACCUUCCUCCGGCGCGCCCCUCCGUCCCCGCGACUCUACCACGGCGCGUGGUCCCGGGAGCGCGCUCUGCUCCACUGCGCGUGGAGCGACGACGCGGCGGUGAUCCGCGACUAUGUCUCCGCGUGCCGGGAGCGCGCGCACGAGUUCUCCAAACAUUCGGAUGAAGCCGUGGAGUCCGUGUUGUCGGCGGCGGAGGAGGAGCUGUGCGUGCCCGUGGGCGGCGCGCGCACUGCGGGUGAGAGGCCGGAGAGGAGCGAGGAUCAUAAAGGUCGCCCCGGAAGGUCAGAGGUCAAGACUUGUCCGCGCGUAAAGCGCGCGCUCACGAUACCCGGGACUCUGUGGUGCGGCUCUGGCAACAAUGCGCCGUCAUAUGCAGAUCUGGGAGUCUUUGCCGACACCGACCGCUGCUGCCGGGAACACGACCACUGCCAGCACAGCAUCCCGUCCUUCAGCUCCCAGUUCGGAGUCUUCAACAGGAACAUCUUCGCCAUGUCUCACUGCGACUGCGACGACAAGUUCCGCGUCUGUCUGCAGGCGGCGGGCGGCCGGGUCUCAGCGGUGGUGGGCUACAUGUUCUUCAACCUGCUGAAGGUGCCCUGCUUCCUCCUCUCCUCCCGACUCCAGUGCACCGAGAGGAACUGGUUUGGCAUACUCGUCCAGACUCUGUCCAAACAGAGCCGGCUGACCGAAGUGCAGACGGUUCUUCUGGGCCGCGUUUCUCAAUCCUGCUUCGUGCCACGAGACUGCACAGUGGGCAAAAUCUGUACAGCGGACCUGGUGCGGGCAGAGCUUCCUCUGGAGGACCGGACGAGCAGAGCCGACGCGGAGCAGCAGCGCCCUCUGCUGGCCGGCCAGCAGGAGGCAGGCAGGGCGGACAGGAGAGACGGAGCCGUCCGGCUCCACCGGCUGUGUCUCAGGCUGCUCCGCCACAACCGGACCAGAACGCGGGGUCAGGGGUCACGUGGGUCGGCUGUGAGGACGAGGAACAUCACGGAGGGGCCAAGUGAUGGAUCUCACUGAGAGGACCCGAUGUUAUUCCAGACCUGGAUCUCCUCCUCUUCCUCCUCCUCCCCCUCCUCUUCCUCCCCCGUGGUGACGAGGGUCUCCGGCCUCAGCAAGGCGGAGUUCCUGGAGUGCGUGCGUGCUGUCUCCUAGUCUCCUAGUCUCCAUCUCUGUCUCCUAGUCUCCAUCUCUGUCUCCUAGUCUCCAUCUCUGUCUCCUAGUCUCCAUCUCUGUCUCCUAGUCUCCAUCUCUGUCUCCAUCUCUGUCUCCAUCUCUGUCUCCUAGUCUCCAUCUCUGUCUCCUAGUCUCCUAGUCUCCAUCUCUGUCUCCAUCUCUGUCUCCUAGUCUCCAUCUCUGUCUCCUAGUCUCCAUCUCUGUCUCCUAGUCUCUGAUUCUCCGUGUCCUGACUGAAGGCCUGAGAUCAUUUCCUGUCCGCUACCUGCUCGCUAUACAUUCGUCUGAUUAAUUAUUAAUUAUCUAAUUAAUUAUUGUCCGACGCCACUCUGUAAAGAUCUCUGUGUUUUCCAGUCGUCGCGAUUUUAUAAAAGCUGCUGAAAAGAAUACAUGAGGACGAGGUCGGGAUGUUUUCUACUGAGCGUCGGCGAGGGACCUUCAGGUCCUGCCGACUUUACUACGAACCAGACUCAUAUUUAGAGAUAUGGAAAGACCUGGACAAAUAAAAAAUUUCCUUUCCUUG